UGUAGCACAGUUUUAGAUGUUAUGGGCCGGCCGGAGUGGCCGAGCGGUUCUAGGCGCUACAGUCUGGAACCGCGCUACCGCUACGGUCGCAGGUUCGAAUCCUGCCUCGGGCAUGGAUGUGUGUUAUGUCCUUAGCCCUCCCACAAGGAGCGUACUGGUAUUCUCACUACUUUCCUGCUGUCCCAGCACAUACUAUGGGGGAAGAGAACCAAAAUGAAAUGUCUCCAUUACAGAGCCAGAGUGACAGUGAUAAUAGCAGUUCUAGUACAGAGGCCAGUCCAGUAAUGAAUCUAUCUGCUCCCCUUGAAGUACAAUGCAAGUGGUUUCAAUGUGGUCAGUGGUUUGGUAACCUGAGUGCUCUUGCUACUCAUGUUGCUAGAAGUCACACGGCUCCUGGGCAAGAAGGUCUUUUCUACUGUCGGUGGGACGGUUGCAGUCGGGGUAACCGUGGCUUCAAUGCGAGGUAUAAGAUGUUGGUGCACGUGCGAACACACACUAAUGAGAAGCCUCAUCAUUGUUUCAAAUGUGAUAAGAGUUUUAGCAGAGCAGAAAAUUUAAAAAUCCAUGCACGUUCUCAUACAGGUGAACGUCCAUACAUAUGUCCAGUACCAGGAUGUGGAAAGGCUUAUUCAAACUCAAGUGACCGCUUCAAGCAUACAAGAACCCACUCUGUGGAUAAACCAUAUACAUGUAAGGUACCAGGCUGCUCCAAACGAUACACAGAUCCAAGUUCACUUCGAAAACAUGUCAAAACCUAUCGCCAUUAUCUGUGUACAAAGGAACAGCUGUCAGAGGUCACAAUUCCUCUGAAACCUUCGAGUACAAACUUCCCCAGCCUCUGGGUCAAUGUUCCAUGGAACUUAUGGGAGCCUCAAAACCCUGCAUGCACAGCAGAACAAGAUUUGCCUCUUGAUCUCAGUAUCAGUGCUAAAGUAUAGCAUCUAAGUACAAUAUGUUUUUUACCCUACAUGCAAUUACUUCUGCUACACACAAAUCUCUGUGAUCAAAAAGACAGCUUGUCUGUCUUAUUUUCUGGUACCUAAAUAUUUGUAAUGUCACUGUCAGUUUUCUUAAUAGUAACAUGUUGGCACAGUUGCUAUCAAACAUAAGUGAACUGCAACUAGAUGCAGAAAGUUAAUCUCAUGACAGGAACUAUCGAUGAUUUCAUUGAUGUAAUAGUAUUGCAUAAUGGAUAUUUAAUAAAAUAAUUGCAUACAUGAUCUUCACAAGGGGAAGAUUAAAAAAAAAGUAUUGCUUGGACAAUCACUAAGAAUUGUGGAUACUUAUGUGUGGCUCUUCUGCGGAAAAAUAAUAACUUUUUCCGUCAGAGCAUAAUUGAUUGCCGACUGGUAAAAUGUUAAAAUGGAGAUGAUUGAUCUCAAAUGUUUCAUCACAAAAAUUUAAUAGCUUAUAAUUUAAGUUAAGUAUGAAUCAGUGAAUGAUAGGAGUCUGUAAUAGUAUGUGUAAAUGUGGAUGUAUUUUAUUUUUACCAUGGCAGUGAAGCUUAAGAAUUGAAGACAGCUUAAUAUAAGAAUAAAUUAUGUUUGUACCUGUGUUUGUAUAUUUUAAUGUGUGUUCUGUAUUUAUAGUAUAAGCAGUCAAAGAUGUGUGCACUUCUAUUACCUGAAUGUUAUUUAUUUAGAGAGUAUUGUAUUAAAGAAUAGUUAGUAAAAGGAAUAUAUGAUGUUUACUAUAUUAGGAAGAACAUUUAUUAUAAUUCUCAGUGAACAUGCACAGUCAUUAGUGUCUGAACAUACUUUACUGGAAGUGAAACUGAUUGAACUUACAACUAGUUCUGAAAGAUCUGGCUGCUGUUCUCUUUUCCUACCAAGUAUUAGUUAAGGAAAAAAAAAAAAAAUCAUUGACUGAGUGGAUUUCUCCCACAGAAAAUAAAAGCCAUUUGUUUUCACAAACUUUUAAUCCCUCCUUUAGUUACUUUCUCCAUGGCUAGUCUGUGAUGAUGUGUAGGUGCUAUUGUGAAGAGAAAAAGUUAUCAGUACUGAAAUUGUGAAUUUCAGAAAUAUGAUAUACAUAAAAUUCUUCGCAGUUAUCAAUAUCGUUCUUCAAGUGCAUGAUAUUUGUUUGUCAAAUUCUGCAGGAGUUGCGUAUCAAAAUAUAUCAUACAUGCAGUCCAAUCACUACUUUAUUAAAUGAUUUCAGAACCAUCUUACAGAAUUUAUUAAUGAAAUAAACCCCUAUUCUUUCUUAGACAAAAUAUUUUACAAAUCUAUAAUGGAAUUUCCAUAUGAAAAUACAAUUGUGAAACCCAUGAAAAUUAAAAUAAUGUGUGUAUUUGGGAAUAAUUCUGAAAAUUGUGAAUACAUGAUGAGACAGGCACCCUUACUUUUUGUUAUUGUAUUACUUGUGUUUCAGUUUGUGAAUAAACGUUUUGUUGUGAAUUUUAUGAAAUAAGAGUAACUUU